AUGCGGCGGUUGAUUGUCAUUUUGUGGCCAUGUCUUCUCUCCUCGGCAAUUAAUGCGAUCCAAAUUGAAGAAGGCGAGAUAAAAAAUUUCAUUGAGGUCUUUGUUAAGUCGCGUGGGUGAGUUGCGUUCGGAAAAAUUUUUGACUUUUUUCAGCAAUGACAGUAACGGAGAGUUGUAUUUCGCCCUCACUAGUAAGCUUUUUUUUAAUUUUUCCGAAGCGGCCAGGCCGGCCCAGGGCUUUUCAAAUCUGCUCAGGCCCGGCCCAGCCCGAUUGCCACCUUUAGUUACAAUAUAUGAAGCUUUACCAAUUCUACAUAUUAUUAUGUUUUCAGCCUACAACGAGUCUCUCUCCGUCUUCCAAACGCAGGAAUUGGUAGAGGUGCGAGGAGGAGAGAUAGUCAACACGGUUUUAAAAUUGGCCCCAUUCGGCGAUUCUUAUCAAAUCCAUUCAUUCGUUCACUUAAGCGAAACAUCCAUCACAAUCUACUCGAAUAAUCCGUAGUAAGUAAAAAGUAAUUCUUCCGGGCUAAUUAGAAAACUUGAAGGAAAUCAAAAUUUGGGAAAUUACCUUUAUUUUUUUACGGCAAAGUUAAUAAAGAUGGCAUCUUUGUAGCUUCGAUUUGAGCCUUCACCCGAGGAUUAAAAUGCCGAGGACUGGCUAAAAACGAUGAGUUAGUCAAGACUAGGGUACAGCUAGGACGUUAAACCCACCGAUUUUUUAAAUUUUCAGCGAGAAGAAUAUCUCUCGACGCUUUGAUCAACCGUCCCCCCAGUCAUUCACCUACCGGAAUUUGAUCUUCGUGGACAACCUGAAAUUUUACAAAUCGCAGGAUAUUCAGUUGGAAAACUUCAAUUACUAUUUAUAUGACAUUGACUCCAACGUGGAAUUGCCGGGGUAUUUUCCGGAUAAUAAAACGUUGGGAAGAAUUCCAACCGAAUGCUUCGAUCGGGAAAAAAUCGUAAGUGUAGAAAUUACGCGCGGCAGUUAGGGUCAACACAAAAUCGAUGGUAGGGGGCGUAGGGCAGGCGGAUGCCCAAAAAAGGUUGUAGGAAGUACCUACGAGGCCUGGAAAAGGUGUUGGAUGGUUGGCAGGCGCUAGGCGAAGGUUCGGCGGAGACUUGGCGAAGACAUGCAAUAUCUCCAAUUUUGCUAGUUUAAGCUGUUACUAACCUUAGUUUUCUGUACCUCAAGUUACUAUUAUAAAAGACCAAAAUUUGAGGCGAAAAACGAAGAUCCGUAACUUUUAUCUAGACAUUAUUGAGUACAUGUAAAAUACCUCAAAAUAGGCGGUAAUCUGUCCUAGAAACUGAUCCAUCUUAUAUAUAGUAUACAUAUAUACGCAUAACAAUAACAUAUGUAUAUAAGUUUAUUUUUUAGACCUGUGGAAUCGACAGAGACACUGGAGAGCUCGAAAUAUUCGAUGAAUCCGAGGGAAAGACUUCCUACAUGUACCGAGCCUUCAAUUUCUCGGUUCCAUGGGAAUGCAGCAAACGCUUUUGCAAUUUUACAAAUUUGCUAACGUCAGUUCCUUUUUUUUAUUUUUUUCUAAUUUUUAUUUUUUUUCAGUGGCGAAGAAUACGAGAUUCCCUCCGACUUGAAGACGUUUGUCGGCGGCGCACCAGGAGAAAGAAUCGCCAUGGUCCCAUUGCUGACCAUCCAGUCCCCUCUGGUGGUUGAACAAUUAAAACGCUAUGGGAACUCGGCCGCUGGAAUUGAAGGAUUCUGGUUUACACUCGUCUUGGUUUAUUUUUUGAAAUAUAUGUUUGAGUAG